AUCCCGUCUGGGAGAACUUCGAGCCGACGGCCGACAAAGAUGUACAAAUAUGCAAGAUAUGCCGCGAGCCGCGGCGUACUGGCAAGCAAAGCGCUAGCACUUUGAAAACCCACAUGGCGACCCAUGCGAAGAAAGAUUCGACGAGCGCGACGGCUGAGUUGCUAAACUGGUUGGUUCCCGGUAUAGUGACUGUCUUAAAUACGCCGGUUAGCCAUUUCAAUUCACCAUUCUUCGGCAAGCUGUUUGAUCUUGCCAAACUUGGCCCAAUCAACGAGAAGAUUGCUAGACGAUUGUGCGAUUCGACAGCUAAUAUGGUGAAGAGCAGGUUGGCAGCCGACCUCGCUACUCUCAGAAGUGAAGGGACGGUUUUCACGCUUACCGCAGAUGAGUGGACAUGGCAGCGCAAGCGCUUUGUUGGCGUCACUCUUCAUUCCUCGGUGAAUAUCCCACAUUUCAAUGCGAGAUCCGUUGAAAUAAUGUCGAGAUUCCGAGAGCGAGCUACUGCAACGCAUCUCCACGAAGUCCUUCUCGACAAUCUCACGGAGCUCAAUUUGUCUAUCGGAGACAUCAAAGGGAUCACUACUGACGCGGCGUCAGUGAUGCGACGCGUCGGCGACCUCCUGGCAGCCUCAGCUGGCUCAGAUCAGUUCUACCACCAAUUGUGCUUCGCUCACGGCUUGCACUUGGCCGUACUUGACACACUGAAAGUGACCACGCAUACUGCUCCUGCAGAGUGGGACCUCGUCGACGUCCAAGCUGACGGAGAAGAGCAGCCGGAUGAUGAGCUAGAGAGGGUCUCCCCUGAAUAUUGCAGCUCCUCAGGUUCUCUUGUCAACGCCGUACGCGAAGAGUGUCAAAAAUUCCAAAGGAGUCCCGCCAUGAACGACGAGCUGCAAAAACUCGCCCUUGCGGCCGGCUGCCAAGUGAAACUUGUGGUUGACAUUCGCAUACGCUGGAGUAGCACCCUUAGGAUGUUGCAAAACUUCCUCAAAAAUGAAAACCCGCUCAAAGAAUUUUAUGGAGCGACUCGCGAUGUUGCCGGCUUGUUCCCGUUUACCGACAGAGACCUGAAAAAAAUCAAACAUGUAGCGGCCGCACUCAGUCACGUCGAAGAGUGUACGCGACGCCUUUCACUCGCGGACGCCACCUUGAGAUCUGCCGAUCUGGCUUUACAAGCCAUGAUCAUGAAACUGGAAUCGGAGCACGGAAAAUUCGCUGCAUCACUCCGCAAGAACAUCUGCAUCCGACUUCUCCAGAGGAGAGGAGUUGCGUCCAGGCUAUCAAGACUGACGCGGAAGAAGGGUGCGGAGACUGAAUUGGAUACAUGGCUGGAUGACGUCAGAGAACAAGUUGUAGCGGCCGGGCAGGAGGCUGUGUACAAGACCUUCCUACCACCCGGAGAUUUGGCGGCUGAAAUUUCGAAAUUCCAGUCGGAGACGGCAGUAGAAGAGGAUCCUCCUGAGCAUGACGCGCGAAGUGAAGGUCCCAAAGACUUCUACGAAAUCUAUUUAAACAGGGAUGAAGACGAGAUGGAUUGCACGCCGUCCUCUCAGGAAACGAUCCAAAGACAGGGUGUCAAGAGCCUACCAGAAGUUCUGGUAGCUACUCUCGACACCCUGCAGCCGACGAGUGUGCCGGCAGAGCGUAUCUUCAGCAAGGCACGCUCUGCUAGGCGUUACAAUCAAGAAUCUCAAAAUGAUGAGCGAUUCGGUAGUUAUAUAUUCCUGAAAGAUUAUAUCACGAAGAGUCAGGAGUGGCUAGAAGCCAUGGGAGCCGAAAUGAACAGCAUGACGGCAUUGAACGUGUGGACUCUAACCACACCACCAACUGGACGCCGAAGUUUAGGCUGUCGGUUGGUUUUCAAGAUAAAACGAAAUGCUGAGGGAAAGAUCUUCGAUGUUGCUUCCGCUUCCUUAUCCGCGAAAAUUGAGGAAGAAUUAUAUAUGGACCAACCGGAGGGCUUCCAUGAUGAUACCCUGCGAGUAUGUAGACUUUACAAGGCUCUCUACGGGAGUCGUCAGGCCCUCCGAUGCUUCCAUAUGAAGACCAAAUCUAUACUCCUUGGUCUAGGACUUGGACAAUGUCUCGCCGAACCAUGUGUUUUUUACGGCGACAAUGUGGACAGACUGAUGCCCUGUUCAACACCAGCUGACAGGGACAAAUAUUCCCUCGAUGAGACCGAGGAACUCGAGGAUAUACCCUAUCGAGAACUCAUCGGAAGUCUCAAGUAUCUGCAGUUAGGUACCAGACCGGACAUCUCAUUUAUCGUUGGUUAUCUGUCGCGCUUCUUAGAGCACGCAACCCACAACAAAGAAGAGGUGGUCUGA